CUUCGUCAUUGAAAAUCCCUUUUCAGUCUUCGAAUAUGGAUGAAGAUUUGUUGAAGCGCAACACCGAUUGCGUUUAUUUCUUGGCUUCUCCCUUCACUUGCAAGAAGGGUGGUGAAUGUGAGUAUCGGCAUAAUGAGAUUGCGAGGCUUAACCCGAGGGAUUGCUGGUACUGGUUAUCCGGGAAUUGCCUUAAUCCAACUUGUGCUUUUAGACACCCUCCAUUGGAUGGGAACACUGGAGUGCAAUCUGAACCCACACAAUCUUCGUUACCCGCAAACAAGACAAUGGCUCCCUGUUAUUUUUUCUUUAAUGGAUUUUGCAACAAAGGUGACAGAUGCUCAUUUUUGCAUGGGCCUGGUGAUAGCUUUUUUACUUCAAGUCCUGUGAAGAAUGACAAUGGAGGCAAUGAUGCACUCAACCUAGAAAACAAAACAUCAUCAGAAAAUAAAACAGGUGUAGCAUCAACACCAACUGAAACACAUUUCGAUCCAUCUUUAACUUCCCCUCAGGCGUUGUGUGAUUUUAAACUUCAGCCUAAGGAAGAUCUUCAGCUACCAUUGCCCAAAAAUGUUAAACAACAAGGUUCUUGCCUAGAGAUAUCUGCUUUUGAGUGUAAAGAAGCUACAGUGACUAGGUCAGACUCUUUGUUUCCAGAUGACAACUUUGUUCAUAACAUAUCUCAUUUAUGUAUGGAGCAGAGUUUAGAGGAGCAAGUAAAUAGUCACAUAGAGCGUGAGGAGCGGUGGGAAUCGUCCCCUGGAUUUGAUGUUAUUGUUCAUGAUGAAUUGGAGAACUUGGGUUAUGAGGGUGAUUCUGAAUAUUUGCCUGUGCUUGAUAGGGAUGAUCAGGAACUGAAUGAGCAAUACUUGGGGUAUGAUUUUAAAGAUCCAGUUGAGUAUGAUACUAUGUGCCCAGAAGCUGCUAUUCUGUAUGAACAAGAAACAUAUGAUGGUUACAGAUAUUUGGAUAGAGAUCUUACUCAUGGUAGUGGCAGAAAAGUUUGUGCUUAUUCCAGAGAGAUAAUCUUAGAUUCUAUUUUGUCCAGGAAAAGGAUUCGGAUGUCAGGCGAGAUGGCUGCUUGUGACAAUAACUUAGAUCUAAGAUACCAUCUGAGGAGACGUAGGGAAAUUAAUGGUCCUCCUUCUACAGGUUUCUUAAGAAGACGUGAAUCAUCAUCUUUGAUAGUUCGAAAUCAGGAAAGGCAUCAAAGGCAUGGCAUUAAUCAGCGGCCAAGUAGAAGAUUGACGUCACAAUUGGGAUUUAGCACUAUAGACUCAAAUCGAGAGGUUGAAACUCUUUCAAAUACUAAUAAGCACAAGUUAUUUAGGCAUUCUCAGCAACAUAGGCCAAGAAAUCAUUAUGGAGAAAAACCAGCUAAACGGCAGUUUCUUUCAUCUAAAAUAUCCAGGAAACCAGUUUUAAAGCAAAGGAGAUUUAUUCAUGAGUCCUCUACAUUUACAGGUCCUAAGACUCUCGCAGAAAUUAAAGAAGAGAAGAAGAAGGCUGAAGAAAAUUUUCAUUCUAAAAUCACAUCAGCUGAUUUCCAGGAUCCCAAACCUCUGAGUGAAAUUCUCAAGGAUAAAAGGAGUAUGGAUCGAGUGAGAGAUGGCAAUACCUCCGCCAAUUGAAUUAUGGGAUUAAAAUGACUAAUGGUUUCAAGAGACUAAUAUUUUUACCGAAGAUAACUAGAUAAAAUUGGCUGGGAGGUGAUUUCUAGCAUCCUUUACUAUGCUAGAUAUAAUGGCCCUGCUUUUGCCAUUGGUAGAUGAUGAUGCGUUUUCAUUCUAGUUAGUGGAAGUUUAAGAGGGCUCAAGGUGAAGAAGAUAGAUAUUAGAUAACUAGAGUUUGACUGGAAAAGAUAUCUUCUGUUAGUUGAACUUGUUGAUUUGGGCAAUGACGUCUUAAUCUAGAGAGUGGAUUACUGAUUUACAUGAAUUUUCUGUGUGAUUCUGGCCUACUUGUGUUAGUUGUACAGAGCUGCUUACAAGUACUCACUGCUUUGGGCUUGGUCAAUUCUUUUAUAUGAUGAAUUGUCCCAUGUUUAGGAUUUUUAUAAUGGUUACUGCUACCCGUAUAAUGAGCAGGGAUACGAAAAAUUAAACAUAUAUAGUACAUUGGUGUUUCUUUCUGA